AUGCUUCCUUCGUUUGUCAUCCUUUUCUUCUGUGCUUUAGUCACUGCAUUCUCCGCAGGAGACCCUCAAGAGAAGUGGGGCGGGUAUGGGGGUCACGGCGACAUUUCCCAUGGGGGUAACAAUAUUGGCAAUGGAGAUGUUGGUGGGAUCGUCGGUGAUGUUGGCAUAGGGGGCGGGAGCGGAGGUGGUUGCGACCCGGCCGCUUGUGACGCCAAGUGCAAAAGUUUGGGAUUCCCAUCGGGUUUCUGCGAUAACGAAGGUGCAUCUCCCAGUUUACUUGGACUUAUCCUGGGAGGGACUACGCCAAGCUGCUUCAACUUGUACGGAUACUAUUACAACCACCGCUACGUCCACCAGCACCGCUACGAGCACAACAACCGCUACGAGCACAACCACGGCUACUGUCAUCCCUACAGCCAUCUGCUUCUGCUGUUCCAGCCCUCAGCAGCCUGCAAGUGGCGGACUCCAAGGAAGUUGCGACCCAGCGACAUCUUCUACUUGUACUAA